CCCACGCGUGUCACGCUGUCCCGAUUAAGCGUGGACCAGCGCGGGCCAAGACAAGCGACUGGACGGAGGCUGAGGCGCCAAUCCCCGGCUUGAGUCGCCUGCUGGCGGCGCGAGCGACGCGAGGGAGGUGGCGAGCGGAGAUGUGGAUGGCCAGCGAGCCCUCGGAGAGCCUUUAAGCCGGCGGAGAUGCAGUAAAAUCGGAUCCGGUGUGCGGGAUCCUGGCCUCCUCUCUCCACCGCUCCCAUCUUCCAUCUCUCCCGUUGUGUUCGGAGGCUGAGGCGAGUGGAGCGGGAUGUGGGCGAUGCUGCCACAAGGGAUGCAUUGUGGCUUGGCUGAGAUGCUCCGGAACACCCGUUGCAUGCAUUGAUUUCAAGAGCAAAAGCAGCCUCAUAGGACGUCAGCACCUGCUCUAUCAGGUCCUCACCUGCAAGUGCCCCGGAAUGAAGCCCUGAGGUACGCCCACCCCCGCAAACCUCCCAAGCCUGUGAACACCGCCACCAUUAGGGAUGUGGACAAGCCCUCACGCAGCAACGCCACUCUGAUCUGGGAUCAGCUGGGUGUUCGAUGGCCUGAUCUCCACAUCAAACCAGUUGGGGGCCUUUCUAGUGAAAAUCCCUCACUGCGCGGUAGCACAUGGAUUUCAAGACCUCAAAUGAAGAGACAAAGACUGGGAUUUAUUUGAUGCAAGAAGGUAAUGAGGAGCCGUUUAAUAUCCGACUGCACUUGGCUAAAGAUAUUCUGACCAUUCAGGAGCAAGAUGUCAUCUGCGUGUCGGGAGAACCUUUUUAUUCCAGCGAGAGGACUGUAACAAUCCGGAGACAGACCAUCGGAGGGUUUGGCCUCAGCAUCAAGGGCGGUGCUGAGCAUAAAAUCCCUGUGUUGAUAUCCAAAAUAUCCAAAGAACAAAAAGCUGAACUUUCGGGGCUGCUUUUCAUUGGCGAUAGUAUCCUCCAGAUCAACGGAAUCAACGUGAGAAGCUAUCGCCACGAGGAAGUGGUUCAGGUGUUGAGGAAUGCCGGUGAAGAAGUCACCCUCACGGUCUCUUUCCUCAAGAAGACCCCAGCCUUCCUCAAACUGCCUCUGAGUGAGGACUGUAUGUGCAUCCCGAGUGACCAGAGCAGCGGGACCUCGUCUCCUUUGUGUGAUAGCGGCCUGCACUUGAACUACCAUCCAAAUAACACGGACACGCUGUCCUGCUCGUCGUGGCCCGCGUCCCCGGCCCUCCGCUGGGAGAAAAGAUGGGUGGACCUGCGCCUUCUGCCGUUGCUGCACUCUCGCCUCUCCCAGCACGUGCCGGGCUCUGACGUGUGCAGGAAAAAUGCUUUCCAGGUCGUCGCCGUGGACGGGGUGUGCAGCGGUGUGCUCCAGUUUCCCUCGGAUGAAGACCGCUUGGACUGGCUUCAGGCUGUCGGCGGCAACAUCUCGUCUCUCACUAAGCACAACGUGAAGAAGAUCAACCGGAAUUUUCCUGUCAACCAGCAGAUCAUUUACAUGGGCUGGGCCGACGAAAAGGAGCAAGACUCCGUCCAGGAACGAAUGUACUCCCCAAAGUUCCUUGCUUUGAGGGGUUCCUCUCUCUUCAAGUUCUCUGCUCCUCCGGUGACAACAUGGGACUGGACCAGAGCAGAGAAAAGCUUUACUGUAUAUGAAAUCAUGUGCAAGAUUUUAAAGGACAAUGAGCUGGUGGACAAGAGGAGGCACUGCUUCAGCGUGCAGACGGAGAGCGGCGAGGACAUGUUUUUCAGCGUUGAGCUGGAGUCUGAGCUGCUCGUUUGGGAAAAGGCCUUUCGGAUGGCCACUUACCUGGAAGUGGAGCGGAUACAGUGUAAAACGUACGCCUGCAUCAUGGAGAGCCACCUGAUGGGACUAACAGUGGACUUUAGCAUGGGAUUUGUGUGCUUUGACGCCGCUUCCAAGGCUGUCCUUUGGAGAUACAAGUUCUCUCAGCUCAAAGGCUCAUCAGAUGACGGCAAAAGCAAGAUCAAGUUUUUAUUCCAAAAUCUAGACUCCAAAUCUAUUGAAGCAAAGGAGCUGGAGUUCUCCAACCUGUUUGCGGUACUUCAUUGCAUUCACGCUUUCUUCGCCGCCAAGGUGGCUUGCCUGGACCCCAUGUUUGUGGAGAGCCAGGCCGCGGCGGCCAACGCCGGCAUUCCUUCGCUGGCGAGCAUCUCGUGCAAUUCGCACAUCCCCAAGCUGAAAUGCAAGAACACUUGACGCAGAGCGUCUCCGCUUUAGUUGUGACCGUAGCCUCAGACGCUGAAUGGAAUGGGAUGAGAGAGGGGAAAAAAAAAAUGCAUAAGAAGACACUUUAGACAAGGAGUUCCUCAGGAAAACGCCUGAAAUCUCAUAUGAAGCCUUUCUGGUCUGAACAAGAAGCUCCUCACAAAAAGACUCCAUGGACACCAAGAGUGCAUUGGUUUCAACAUCUUUUUAAGUGGACUCACUCUAUUGUUGCUCUUGGAACAUUAAUAUUGAUGUUAUGAUUGACACAUGAUGCUACUUUUGUAUGAACCUUUACUGAGGAUUUAAAACGCUUCCUGUACUUGGGCGGGGACAUACACGAUAUGGACAAAAGUCUUGGGACAAAUCCUGGCGUUCAUCAAUUAGGGAUUUCAUACUUUGUUGUUACCAGAUUUGUGAAACCCCUGAGAAAGAUUUGCUAUGAAUUACAAAAAAAUUGAAAAGAUCAGCUUGCAUCGUUUCCAGCAAAAUAGUAAAAUAGUCAUGACAGUGUAUGCUGCUUGUCGCAGUCUUUUGCACAGCAUCAGGAUCAUUUCUGGUGAGGAUUGUUUUGUAGUAAAACUAAAUAGUCACAACGGUGCAUGGUAUGCUGCUGGUCACCACCAUGAUCACGUUGGGAUAUUUUCUGUUGAGGGCCUUUUGUAGCAAAACAUAUGCUCGUCAUGACAGUGCAUGGUGUGCUGCUCAUUAUUUCAACUUUGGGAUAGUUUCUGUUGAGGGCCGUUUGUAGUCAAAUAUCAAAUAGUCAUGAGAGUGCAUGUUAUGCUCCUUAAAAGAACUAUCGCAAGACUGAGAUAAUUUCAUUUAUGGGCUGUUUGCAGCAAAACAUAAUAUUGUGUUCUGCUUCUCAUUAUUAUUAUAUUAUUAGUUGUUAAUUUCGAGGACAAUAUGCAGUAACACAAAUAGUCACAACAUUGCAUGCUAUGCUGAAAAUCACUAUAAUUCUUCAAAAUAUCUGGAUAGUUCCUUUGAGGGACGUUUACAGCAAAACAUUAAAAUAGUCACGACAGCGCUUGGGUUGCUGCUUUGCACUACUGCAUCAUCGCAACAUUGGGAUCAUUUAUGUUCACGAGAAACAAUAAGUCAAGAGAGUGCAUGGUAGGCAGCUAAUCACUGAUUUGUCUUGUAUUGAUCAUUUGUGGGUGUCGUUUGUCCCAAUACUUUUGUCCACAUCGUGUACAUCAAGAGUAACAAAAUGUGAGAGAUUGAUUACAGAGGUUUGACUUUUGUUUGUAUGAUAAUGUAAAUAAACAUUGACCUUGAAAUGACCUUAAAGAACGAUGAGGAUGAUUUGGAGGGAUUCAUUUGAGAAGUACUGUAGGUAGUUAACUCAUCGUGUCCUUUUUUUUUUUUUUUUUUUAAUUCCCUCUAUGGACCAAUUUAGAAAAAUAAAAUCAGCUAUGAUGAUUUUGUUUGCUUUGUGAGUUUGGAGUCCAGCUUGUAAAUAUGAAAAAUGAUAUCAAUUGCAGUGAAUAAAACAAAAGUAGUGGGAUCCGAUGGGGGCUGAAUGAACGGUCAAUGGCAGCAAAAGGAAGUCGGUGUAAUGCGUCUUACGAAAUAAGUUGGUGGCAGCAAUAGCCUUCAAACAAAACAAUACUCAUGAGAGAGUUUAUUUUAUUUUUUUGCAAAUGUUUUAUUAACAAAUUACUGUGUCAUGAAUCAAUAAAGGCGAUCUUUUA